UCCAAGCUCUGAGCCACGAGCCCGGCGUUCUGUGAGAUUCAGCUUCCUGCGCGCGACACUCAUGUCUCCCCCCGCCAGCGGCCAGUGACGUAGGCUACUUGAGGAUGCACGCUUCAUGAAACUUCUGUCCAGAAAUCGUUGUUGUCUUUUUUCUAAAUAGCGUGGGAAGCUGUGCGCGUUUUUUUGGGAACGACGCGGUGAGGAGAUAUUCUUUGCUCGUGAAACCGUUACCAAGCUUUGGCUGGCUUUCAAAAGCUGCAGUUGUUUGUGUGCCACCGUGGUUCCUGAUUUAUUUUAAUUUUUUUUGAAAAGGCGAAGCCUAGUACGGUCAUUUUAUGCCACUGCGUGAGGAUUCGGAGGUAACUUUGCUGGCGCCUGCGACAUCCGAAGGAGCUGCCAUGGGCACUUUACGCGAUCUCCAGUACGCGCUGCAGGAGAAGAUAGAGGAGUUGAGGCAGCGAGACGCGCUCAUCGACGAGCUGGAGCUCGAGCUGGACCAAAAAGACGAGCUGAUCCAAAAGCUGCAGAACGAGCUGGAUAAGUACCGCUCCGUUAUCCGGCCGGCCACGCAACAAGUGCACAAGCAGAGCGUUCUCCAGGAGCAGCAGCGCACCAAGAGACAAGCUAUAUCCGCCGAGCCCACCGCCUUUGACAUCCAAGAUCUCAGUCAUGUCACCCUUCCCUUCUACGCCAAAAGCCCAGAGUCCAAGGAGCUGAUCAAGGAGGCCAUCUUGGACAACGACUUCAUGAAGAACCUGGAGCUGUCCCAGAUCCAGGAGAUAGUGGACUGCAUGUACCCGGUGGAGUAUGGCAAGGAGAGCUGCAUCAUCAAGGAGGGCGACGUGGGGUCCCUGGUCUACGUCAUGGAAGAUGGCAAGGUGGAGGUGACGAAGGAGGAGGUGAAGCUGUGCACCAUGGGGCCGGGGAAGGUGUUCGGAGAACUGGCCAUCCUCUACAACUGCACCCGCACAGCCACCGUCAAGACUCUGACCAAUGUGAAGCUAUGGGCCAUCGACCGCCAGUGUUUCCAGACCAUCAUGAUGAGAACCGGCCUCAUCAAGCACACCGAGUACAUGGAGUUCCUCAAGAGUGUGCCAACAUUCCAAGGCCUUCCAGAGGAGAUUCUCAGUAAAUUAUCUGACGUCCUUGAAGAGACUCACUAUGAAGACGGAGAGUACAUCAUCAGGCAGGGAGCAAGAGGAGACACCUUCUUCAUCAUCAGCAAGGGGAAGGUGAACGUCACAAGAGAGGACUCGCCAAACGAUGCGCCGGUGUACCUGCGAGGCCUGGGCAGAGGGGACUGGUUUGGAGAGAAAGCACUGCAGGGGGAGGACAUCAGGACGGCCAAUGUCAUCGCCGCCGAAGCUGUCACCUGCCUCGUCAUCGACAGAGACUCUUUCAAACACCUGAUAGGUGGCCUGGACGAUGUCUCCAGCAAGGGUUAUGAGGACACGGGAGCCAAAGCAAAGUACGAGGCGGAGAACGCCUUCUUCUCCAACCUGAAGCUGGUGGACUUCAACAUUGUGGACACUUUGGGUGUUGGAGGAUUCGGGAGAGUGGAGCUGGUUCAGCUCAAGAGCGAGGAGACCAAAACGUUUGCCAUGAAGAUCCUGAAGAAGAGGCACAUCGUGGACACUCGGCAGCAGGAGCACAUCCGCUCCGAGAAGCAGAUCAUGCAAGAGGCUCACUCCGACUUCAUUGUGAGAUUGUACAGAACGUUUAAAGACAGCAAGUACCUCUACAUGCUUAUGGAGGCAUGUUUGGGAGGAGAACUGUGGACCAUACUGAGGGACAGGGGGUCAUUUGAGGAUGCCACGACGCGGUUCUACACGGGCUGCGUGGUGGAAGCCUUCGCUUAUCUACAUUCCAAAGGAAUUAUCUAUCGGGAUCUCAAACCGGAGAAUCUCAUCCUGGACCACCGGGGCUACGCCAAGCUGGUAGAUUUCGGCUUCGCCAAAAAGAUUGGAUUUGGGAAGAAGACGUGGACGUUCUGUGGCACUCCGGAGUACGUGGCACCGGAGAUCAUCCUGAACAAAGGUCACGACAUUUCAGCGGACUACUGGUCCCUCGGGAUCCUGAUGUACGAGCUUCUGACAGGAAGCCCCCCUUUCUCGGGCCCGGACCCAAUGAAGACGUACAAUAUAAUUCUACGAGGCAUUGACAUGAUCGAAUUCCCAAAGAAAAUCACCAAGAAUGCUGGGAACCUAAUCAAGAAGCUAUGCAGAGACAACCCGUCUGAAAGGCUGGGGAAUUUGAAAAACGGUGUCAAGGACAUUCAGAAGCACAAAUGGUUUGAGGGGUUUAACUGGGAGGGAUUAAGGAAAAUGACCUUAACACCACCCAUCAUCCCAGAGGUCUCAUCGCCCACCGACACGAGCAACUUUGACAGUUUCCCCGAAGACGGUGACGAGCCACCUCCCGAUGACAACUCGGGGUGGGACACAGACUUUUAAGACAGUGACAGUGUCUGCCAUGUUCAGAGAGACUGAGGGUGCAUCCCAAUAUGUGUCCUUGCCUCCUCCACUUGUGCUUGUCUCCUCGUCCCGCCUCCUGGCCCCUCCUCCGUGGAGAAAAUGAUAAAGUUUCCCAGCUGUCAGCCUCGCCACAACAACUUUUGAGGGACUGUUUUUCAUUCACCAUCCCAAUUGCAAAUGAGAAAAAGACUUUACAAUUGAGCUUUUGCAAGAUAUUGAAAUAUAAUGCUGUUGUGAGUGAUGUCAUCAUGACGAGAAGCAAGUGGAGGAGGCAAGUGGAGGAGGCAAGGUCACAUAUUGGGAUGCACACACUGAGUACCCAGAGCAGCACCACCCCACCUCACCCCCCCUCUCACCCCCAUGCCUGGUUAUCACCACACUUAAUCACAAGAGAGAUAAGGUCUGGAGACCUGCCCACUGUCAAUCCUGUUGGGGGUUUGGGAGCCUGAUUAUCAUCGACUUUCAAAUCUCUUCGAGACUUGGUCUGACCAAGAGCAUAACAAUUAACAUUUCCCAAACAGCAUUUCCCAAAUGGCCUCCCUUGGUUUGCUAAUGAUUGCUUGCUUCCCAAGAAAGUGGGAGGAGUUCCUGUAUUUGCGGGAACUCAGAAAGUACUUGCAUUGACUCUUGACCUGACCGGUAGCAACGCUGAAGCUGUUGCGUCACUAGGAGGGCACAGCCUGGCUAGUUGGGGGUGUGUGUGGUUUACGUUUGACGACGGCUAUUUGUUGGGCGUUACGACUGUGUAUCAUUUGGCAUUCGUUAGCCACAGCCAAUCGUGUCAGUUGUAUCUAUUCAAAUAAACUGCAGUCACCGCCUUUCCACGCCUCCCUGCUCCCUGAUUGGAGAGAGACAGGGACCAUGAUCGGGUACCCUCGCUGAGGGUAGACUGACUCCACGCUGUCUUUCUGAUCAGAACUAUUGUUGCAAAGCAGCAUGGGAUUUCCCAGGCUACUACCCCCACACCGCCACCCCCCGACCCCCAGCAUCUCCGACACCCACCUUCCAUACAUACAACCCAUCCACCUCCAUUGUCUCUCCAGUCCCACCCCUUCCAAAGGAGAAAUACAAAACCCAAACUACAAAAACGUGACUGACUGGACUGUUGAGUUAUGCUGGGGAGUUCUGCCUUCUGGCGUCACAUUAGUAACGAGCUGAUGUGCGAAUGAUGUGACAGAAAUGAGGACAUGUGAAAAAGGCUUAAGAAAAGGUGGAGCGGUAUACCUGCGGGAUCACCAUGGUGCCUUCGUCCAUGCCUACAUGAUCUCUCUCUCUCUCUCUCCCUCUCUCGCUCUCGCUCUCUCUUCCUCUCUAUCGCUCCCUCUCUGUCUGUCUCUGCACGUGGGAUUAGAAUGCCUUCUGGAGUGUCUGUCCUAUCCAGCAACACCUUUCUUUCUUUCUUUCUUUCUUUCUUUCUUUCUUUCUUUCUUUCUUUCUUUCUCUCUCUCUCUCUCUCUCUCACUCUCACACACACACACACACACACUCAAGUUCACUCUAUCUAUUCCCAUGCAUUGGACAUUGGGAUCCCUUCUUCUUCAUCGUCGUCCGUCCCGUCCCGUCCAGUGAUCCAUCCCAGAGCACCCGUUGUCACCUUCAUCAUUUCGCCUGACAUGACAUCACCUCCUCCUCCAUCGCCUUCCAUCCUCCUCCAUCCUCCCAUCAGCACUUCCCCGGUCAGCAGAGCGAUGGGAGAUUAGAAACGUACUGUACACGUGGCCUCUUCUUCAUUUUUGUAUUAUUUAUUGAUAAAUUGCAAAAUAGAAGUAUGAACUCUCUGACCAUGUGCAUCAGCACAGCUAUGAUGAGACUGAUAAAACGAAGGCAUUUUCCCUCUCGAAAGCAUCUCCUUUUUUAAUGAACUACCAUAGUGUGCUUGAGCAGGCUUUGAUUCCUUGCCAUAUCAUGUUGCAGAUGUAGGCAGAAGUGAUUUGUGCCAGCAAUAUUCUGUGAUAAUGUUCGCCACCAGACUGGCAAACACACAAGGGUGUAGCAUCCUCAUGCUAACUAACCCUGAUGGAGAAGCCAGUGGACUUUCAAUGGCAAUAGACUCAAGUAAUAAGGCCAUGAUGUAUAAAUAUUGGAUUGUGUUUUACCAAUGGUCAAGCAAAGCAAAAUGUUUGCAAAGCUAUAUAAACCCUUGAAAAAAAAUGAUUGCUCAAGUUAUUGUGUCCAAUAAAAUGGUAUUCGUGAAUCAAGGAAUGCUGAUGGUCGGAAAUGAACCAGUGCCAAGACCGUGGAGGGGGCAGAAACACCUUACAUGGAGGAUUGUAUUUGGUAUCUGAAAAAAGAUGCGUCCUAUAGGUGAAGGGUGUUAUACCGAUAUCCACCACAAGGGGUCCCUUCUUGAUCAGGGGACAAGCUCCGCAAAGCGCAUUCAUUCAAUAAGUCUGUGGUAGCCUACCACAUACACAUCAAACAUAACUGCGCCAACGCAAACAGUAAUACUAAUACACAUUUCCCAUUUCAACAUUUAGUUUGCAAGCAUGAUUAGAGUGCUUUAAAAUGUAGACUCUCCUGCCGUAGGCCUACAUCCAUUUCCAUAUUUUACCCACCUCAUAUGCAAACCAUCCUCAGUCAAAAGAUAAAACACAAGCCCGUGGAGCUUUUGCUUUCCAUUCAGUGAACGCAUCAAAACUGUGCUGGAAUACAAAUGAGGAUGUAUUAUAAUUUAUUGUAGGACCAGAGAUAUAUAUUGUGUUUAUAUUUCGUGCUGAUAUUUUGUGAUACUGUUAGAGAUAUACUUGUUAUAAGAUGAAUAUCUUGGGGGUUUUCCCUUUCCAAAUAUUGUGUUAUUUGUGCUUGAUUUGUUUUUGGUUGUAUUUUUGUCAUCUGAAAUAUCAUUUUUUCCUCUUCGUGUUACAUUCAACAGGUAGCUCUCCCUCACAGUACUAGGUUUUUUUUCAAUCUCAUGGCGAAUGGCAUCAAUUAAAGUGCCUUAAACGUUUGUGGCAUCCAGACUAUUAUAUUUGUCUUUGUUUUCGAUGCUGCAUGGGCAAGGUCCAACCACUCCGAAAUGUCUGUAUACUUUGCUUUGCUUUUAUAAACUGCUCCGCUAUUUAUAUGCCCUUUUCUUACAAUAAAAGACAACUUUGAAAUGUGUGGAAUUA